UAUCCUGGCACGAAGAACAUAAGGGGGAUGUGUUCAAUUUUCAAGCAGAGAUGCUGGCCUAUUGCAGGUAUAUUUUUUCCCUCCUUUAUUCUUAUUUAUUUAAUAUUUUGUUUUAUUCUUAUAUUUUAUAUUUCGUAUUUUUUAACAUUUUUUUUUUAAUAGAUCGGACGUGGACAUUCUUCGUCGAUGUUGCCUGGAAUUUCGAGCCCAGUUUUUGGAUGUGGCGGGUGUGGAUCCAUUCCAAUACGUAACCAUUGCGUAAGCGUGUAUGGCAACCUAUCGGAGUGGCCACAUUCAGCCCAACACGAUUGCCAUGGUACCCACACGCGGAUACGUGAACUCCACGAAUUACAGCCCUGAUUCGAUCCGGUGGUUUGUUGCUGCUUCGGAAGGCAUUGCCCUUCAACAUGCGUUGAACGGUUCCGGAGAGCACAGAAUCGCCGGAAUCUCGGUAGACGGUUUCUGCCAAGCAACGCAAACCGUCUAUCAGUUUCAGGGCUGUUUUUUCCAUGGGUGUAGUCCGUGCUAUGACGGGGAUACCAUUCACCCCUUAAAAGGAGUUUCCAUGGCAACGUUAAGAGAAAAGACAGAAGAGGCCACACGAAAACUUCGAGCCCAGGGUUUCCACGUCAUAGAAAUGUGGGAGCAUGAGUUUCAGAGAGAAAAAGAGGAAAAUCCAGGUCUCCAAGCUUUCCUGGAUCAACACCAUUUGAGGGACCGACUCAAUCCUCGCGAGUCAUUUUUCGGAGGACGGACCAAUGCCCUCAAAUUGUUCCACGAGGGAGACGCUAAAUAUGUGGAUUUCACAUCCCUCUAUCCAUGGGUUCGUACUUUUUUAUUAUUUUAAAACCUUUUCAUGGAUGAUGUGUUUUUCUGAUUUUUAUGUAUGUUUUUUGUGAUUGUGUUUUCUGACUUUUUGUUUAUUUCACAGGUGAACAAAUACUG